AGGACCGACUUCAUGGAGCGGAGGAAUCAGAGUGGGAGAGUGAGUGAGUUUGUGCUGCUGGGCUUCCCGGCUCCAGCGCCACUGCGAGCGCUACUGUUUGCCCUUUCUCUGCUGGCCUAUGUGUUGGUGCUGACUGAGAACGCACUCAUCAUAAUGGCAAUUAAGAAUCACUCUACCCUUCACAAACCCAUGUACUUCUUUCUAGCCAAUAUGUCCUUCCUGGAGAUUUGGUACGUUACUGUUACAAUUCCUAAGAUGUUAGCUGGCUUUAUUGGGAACAAGCAGGGACGUGGACAGCUGAUCUCCUUUGAGGGCUGCAUGACACAGCUCUACUUCUUCCUGGGCCUGGGCUGCACUGAGUGUGUUCUUCUUGCCGUUAUGGCCUAUGAUCGCUAUGUGGCCAUCUGCCAUCCUCUCCACUAUGCUGUCAUUGUCAGUGGCCGGCUGUGUGUCCAGCUGGCAGCUGGCUCCUGGGCUGGAGGCUUUGGUAUCUCCAUGGUCAAAGUUUUUCUCAUUUCUCGCCUCUCUUACUGUGGCCCUAACAUCAUCAACCACUUUUUCUGUGACGUCUCUCCACUGCUCAACCUUUCAUGCACUGAUAUGUCCACAGCAGAGCUGACGGACUUUGUCCUGGCUAUUUUUAUCCUUCUGGGACCACUCUCUGUCACUGGAGCCUCUUACAUGGCCAUCACGGGUGCUGUGAUGCGCAUCCCCUCAGCUUCCGGGCGUCAUAAAGCCUUUUCUACCUGUGCAUCUCACCUGACUGUUGUGAUCAUCUUCUAUGCAGCUAGUAUCUUCAUCUAUGCCCGACCCAAGGCUCUCUCAGCUUUUGACACCAACAAGCUGGUCUCUGUACUCUAUGCUGUCAUUGUACCAUUGCUUAAUCCCAUCAUUUACUGCUUGCGCAACCAAGAGGUUAAGAGAGCUCUACGUCGGACUCUGCACCUGUAUGGGGACCAGGAUGCCAAACCGGGGAAAGCUAGUAGAGAUGGGUAG